AUGUCUUUAAAUGACGACCAAGUCGCAAAUUCAGGCGGUACAACUACAACCGACAUGGAAGCCAUGGUGGUUCGGCUACACAAGCUACCUGAGUUUUAUCCAGAAGACCCAGAGACCUGGUUCGAAAAGUUAGAAUCAAUUUUUCAUGUUAACAACAUUAGGAGUGAACCUACAAAAUUCCACUACAUUUUUGGUUUUGCUCCGCCCGAAGUUAACCCUUAUGCAACCAGUGUUAACAAAGAAGCCAUUCCUGCCGAUAAAACUAAGUACUCGGUCCUUAGAGAGAGGGUUAUUCAAGCCUUUUCCUGCUCGGAGGAGACCAAACUCCGAAAACUUUUUAAAGGCCAAACGUUAGGCAACCAAAAGCCGACGCAAUUCUUAAUGGUUUUAAGAAAUGCAGCCUCUGGUAGCUGCAACAAAACAGUUUUAAAAUCUCUAUUUUUGGAACAUCUUCCAGACACGGUGCGGACCAUUCUAGCCGUUAGUCCAUCCGACGACAUCGACAGUCUAGCGCUAAUUGCAGACAAGAUUAUGAAGAAUCAAUCACCUACUAACGUGUUUGAAGUUAAACACCACCAACGCCUACCAUCACCAAGUAAAUUCGACAAACUGAUGGAGGAUAUCUCAGCACUGACAAUGAAAGUAGAUAAACUGGCCUCUACUGUCAAAACGCUUCAAAGUAAUCGACGAUAUUCGAGAGUACGCAGCACAAGCAUCGAAAGCAAGCAGCAAAGAAAGGAGGGUCCUAUGCCUCAAGGUCAUAACCCAUCAAUUUGCUUCUUUCACAACAAAUACGGCAUCAAAGCAAAAAAAUUUAAUCCACCGUGCCUCAUGGCACAAGACACCAGUUCUUCGGAAAACUAA